AUGGAUGAUUCUCAAGCAUUUUCACAUGGUCCAGUUACUCAUGAAUUCACUUUAUCACCAAUGGAAACAUUCUCAUCCGACAUUAUAUUAUCUGCAACUCAAGAUAAUGAAUUUGUGCACAUUUCUAUGCAACCUUUACAAAAUGAGAUUCGUUCUCCAUGUGAUAUUUGUUGUGUAGUUGAUACAUCAGGUUCAAUGUCACCUGCAGCUGAAAUUGAAAAUGAUAAAAAUGAGCAUUAUGGACUAUCUCAGUUAGAUUUGGUUAAACAUGCACUUAAAACAAUUAUAAAUUCUCUUCAAGAUCAAGAUCGAUUAUCACUUAUUUCAUUUUCUGAUAAAGCUACAAUCUUGUUUAAAUUAACAGCAAUGAAUGAAGCAGGAAAAACAAAAGCUUUAGACAAAGUUGAAAAAUUACGGGUUCGUACAAGAUGGGGUGUGGGUGUGGGUGUGGGUGUGGGUCAGUUGACAUAA